GACGGACUGACAACCCCUGGCUGUAAGGGAUCCAAGGCCGGGAUGGUCACAAGGCCACUGGUGCCAGCAGCAGCCCAGUCCUGGCGCUGGGCUUGUUGUCACCCGGCCCCACCCGGGCAACCAUGAACGGAAGUGCGGUGCCCCUGUCGCCAGCAGGUGGAGGGGUCGUGACGGAGCCUGUCUCUCUCCCCUCUCCUGGCUGGCGGGAAUUCUGUGAGGCGCAUGCUCGUGCGGCUGCAGUGGACUUUGCUCGUCGUUUCCGGGCCUUCCUUGGUGAGAACCCACAGUUUGCCACACCUGGGGCUGAAGCUGCCUUCUCGCGCCGCUUUGCCGAGCACUUCCUGGAGCAUUUUGAGGCAGAGGUGAGCCGGGCUUACGCCAGCGACUCACCCCCUCGGUGUGACAUUGCCCCUUUUACCGGCUGCUCCUCGGCACGUGACCUUUCAGAGACCUGCAGCGACUCAUCGGUUGCCUCCCCCGUGGAGCCUCCGCUCGGGCCACCCUCUGGCCUCUCCAGCAGCCAGUCCCGGAGCUCCGAAGAUGUUUCUACCGUGACUGCCGUGGCGGCCACCAAACCAAAGCUGAAAAAGCGCUUCUCCUUGCGCAACGUUAGCCGCAGCGUCCGAGGCAGCGUGCGUGGCAUCCUGCAGUGGAAGUCCUCAGCCGAAUCGUCCCCUGUCGGCGAGGAGGCAACCACCGGGGCUAACAGCAAUUCCAACUCCUCGGGUGGCGGCGACUCGGAGCGAUGGACUCACCGAUUUGAGCGUCUGCGGCUGAAUAAAGCCUCCCCAGCGGCCCCGCGAGUCGAACUGGCGAGCGUGCGCCGCGAAGGCCUGCUCAACUACAUUGUUGCCGAUGACGGUUCGGGCGGGGGAACCAGGACACGCUGGCAGAAAUGCCGCCUUCUCCUGCGCAAGGCAGGAAAAGGGGAGGGGGAGGGUUAUCUGUUGGAGUUCUACAUCCCACCAAAGGCAUCAAAGCCGCGGGUCAGCAUUGCCUGCUCCUGCGUAGCGGACGUGCGGACGACAACGCCCCUGGAAAUGCCUGACAAGGAGAACACCUUUGUGCUCAAGCUGUCAAGUUCCUUGGAGUAUAUCCUUGAGACGGUUGACUCGCUACAGAUGCGCUCGUGGCUGGCAGACAUUCAGGAAUGCAUGGGCCUGGGAGAGAGCACUGAUAGCUUGGAGCAGCCCUGCAUGAACCACUCGGAGAGCAUGCCCAGCCGGGAGCUUCCCAUGGUGCCGAGCGAGAGCAGUGAACAGCUUAGCCAAGGUGCCUAUGGUGGGCUGAUGGAUCGCCCGUCCGCCUCCAUGUCCCCCAGUUCCGUCUCCAUUGCUGCCUCACACUUUGAUUCAAUGGAGCUGCUUCCUCCUGAACUGCCUCCUCGGGUGCCUAUCGAUGAAGGGCCAUUUCCUACUGGCCUCCUCCAUACAGCCUUCCCUGAAACCCCGGAUGCCACAGGUUCCUUCCUCUUCCAAGGGGAGCCAGAUGCAGGCGGGGGAAAUUUUGGCGACACAGAGCACCCCCUCUCCGAGUACCCAUGGUUCCACGGCACUCUGUCCCGCCUCAAAGCGGCCCAGCUGGUGCUGGCCGGGGGAGCCAGCAGCCAUGGCGUCUUCUUAGUGCGGCAGAGCGAGACACGGCGUGGCGAAUACGUCCUGACCUUUAACUUCCAGGGGAAAGCCAAGCACCUCCGUCUCUCCCUGAACGAGGACGGGCAGUGCCGGGUCCAGCAUCUCUGGUUCCAGACCAUCUUUGACAUGCUGGAGCACUUCCGGGUCCACCCCAUCCCCCUCGAGUCGGGCGGCUCGAGCGACGUGACGCUCGUCAGCUACGUGGUUGCUUCGCAGCGGCUGCACGGCCGGGACCGGGCUGGGAGCCGAGCGCCAGUGUCUGGGUUCAGUGGGGACCCCGACUCGCCCCCCAACCUCAUCUCCAUCCUUGCUGCCGCCUCCGCGGGUGACUGCGUGUAAGUGUGCAAUAGCUACUGGGGGUGGGGCUGGGGGGGAGAGAAGGCAGGGAUAU